UUGACCGUCUGUGAACAACCUGUCCCACAGUGAGGUUUUACAGCCUGGAACUCGUUGGGGUGGGAGAAGUUUUAAAUAUACCAUUACAAGUUAUCUCCACGCGUCUUGAGACUUGUCCCGAUCAGUUCAUCUUCUAACGUCCAUCAAGAGUGACGCGUUAACGUAACAAUACACCCAUCGUACAGCCGUUUUUUGAUCAACAACUUUAAACAUUUAUAUCAUCAUGGCUAAACUCGCUGUAGUUGCCCUGGCCCUGGCGCUGUGUGUCGUCAUCGUGAGCGCUGCUGGAGAUGAGUGUCCACUAGCUUCCAAAGUGGGAUCCUGCUCACCAACCUGUCUGACCGAUCGCGAUUGUGCUGAUAUCGGUGGCAAAUGCUGUGCUAAUGCCUGCAAUCGCAAAUCCUGCGUCGAACGCAGCAAACUGAAGCAGGGCGACAAGUAUAGCGCUGGUUCCGGUUCCGGAUCGUACUGUGGCAGCACCAAGUGCAACUCGUUCGAGAAGUGUGGUACCGAUCCAGCCACCAAGCGCCAGAAGUGUAUUCGUGCGUGAUGAGCAAAAUGGACGUAGGAAACUAUGUUUAUUAUCUAAAAAAAUGUUUUUGCAAUAAACCAUUUAUCUUGUGCAUUGUA